AUGCAUGGUAGAAGAUGUCGUCUACCAGCUGAUCCACACGAUACACCAAUUAAAACAUUAUCAUCAAAAGAAUGGAAUGAAGAAAUCAAGAAAUGUUUAGAUGACAUCCAUUUAGCAACGGUGAAGAACAUCCAAAAAGUUCAAAAUCAAAUGAAAGCAAGAUUUGAUAGACAUCGUCGUGAUCAGGAAUAUCAAGUUGGUGAUUUAAUGGUAGUCAAAAAUGAACAUCCAGAAAACAAAUUAUCACCGAAAUAUAUCGGCCCAUAUGAAAUUAUACGUCGAUUAGGACAUAAAACAUAUGAAGUACGAUUUAAUCAACACGGACCAAUACAUCGACUGACUGUUGAUAAAAUGCAAGCAUUAAAUUAA